CCUUACUUAUCACCGAAAAAUAUAAACAUAUCCCCCCAAACGAAUCACCAACACAACACGCGUCGUCCCAACCAGUGUCCAUUGCAGACAAAUUUAAAAAUCGCGCACACUGACGCUUGAGACUAUCGGACUACCGACCAAUCGAACAACUAAACAAUCGAAUGCGCGCUAACGAUCCAAAGACGUUGUGCAACACGAGCGGGCGCUUAACGGAAGAGAACAGCUGACCGCUGAUACGUGCGUGGUUCGCGGCAGUAAUUACAUAAAGUUUUGAGCCUCUGACGCGAUACUCGCGAACAUUCGCCACCGGUCGAAACCCCAGUUAAAGGUCACCAGUCACUCCCACCAUGUACAGAGUUGUUGCUAUUGUGCGGGAGCGCGCUGGCCUCUUCACGUGCCAGCAGUUGACGCAAACCCCGCAGCAGCAGCAGCACCAGCAGGUGAGCCUCCGGCUGGUUAACCUCCACGGGGCCCUCGGGUUAAGUCAGCCUUUCACCCCGCAGCCACGAUUUUACAGCCAGCAGGCAGGACGCAGGCCCGGCUUCUUCUCGCAGUUCAUAGACAACAUGCGCUCGGAGAUGGAUAAGAGCAAGGAGAUCAAGGACAACAUUCGCAAGUUCCGGGAGGAGGCUCAGAAGCUUGAGGAGUCGGACGCCUUGAAGUCGGCGCGACAAAAGUUUAAUAUUGUCGAGUCGGAGGCGCAGAAGUCGUCGAGCAAGCUGAAAGAGCAGCUGGACGCCAUCAAGGAUAAGGUGGGUGAUGUUCUCGACGAUGCAAGCAAGUCGGAUCUCGCGAAGAAGGUUACCGAGGAGCUGUCGAAGAAGGCCAAGGGCGUCAGCGACACGAUCUCGGACACCAGCGGGAAGUUGGGCCAGUCCGGUGCUUUCCAGGCCAUCUCUAACACGACGACGAUAAUCAAGAAGGAAAUGGACAUGACUAGCAUAGAAAAUCGCGUAUACAGGCCGCCUGCCCAGCUGCGUAAGCGCGUCCAGCUGGAUAUGAGCGACAGUGAUCGCGUUGUGGAGCCCAACACGGAAGCAACUGGUAUGGAACUGCACAAGGACUCCAAGUUCUACGAGUCAUGGGAGAACUUUAAGAACAACAACACGUACGUGAACAAGGUCCUCGACUGGAAGGUAAAGUACGACGAGUCUGAUAACCCCAUGAUCCGUGCCUCCCGCCUGCUAACCGACAAAGUGUCCGAUGUGAUGGGAGGUCUCUUUUCAAAGACUGAGCUCUCCGAAACGAUGACAGAGCUGGUCAAGAUCGACCCGAGCUUUGAUCAAAAGGAGUUUCUUCGAGACUGCGAAACAGACUUCAUUCCUAACAUACUGGAGGCAAUUGUUCGGGGCGACUUGGAGAUACUGAAGGACUGGUGCUUCGAGAGCACAUACAACAUUAUCGCCACGCCCAUUACGACGGCAAAGAAGGCCGGCCUUUAUCUGGACUCGAAGAUCCUUGACAUCGAGAACAUUGAGCUGGCCAUGGGCAAGGUGAUGGAGCAGGGUCCCGUGCUGAUCGUCACGUUCCAGGCGCAGCAAAUCAUGUGCGUCCGGGACCAAAAGGCCCAAGUGGUCGAGGGCGAUCCGGAGAAGGUGAUGCGGGUGCAUUACGUCUGGGUGCUGUGUCGCGACCGCAACGAACUCAACCCCAAAGCGGCAUGGAGACUCUUGGAGCUAGCCGCUAACAGUCAGGAGCAAUUUGUUUAGCUCGCCCGCUAUUGCUAAGCCCAUCUGUUUUUUUUUAACGAGCAGUUUAAGUUUCCCGCAUUCACAUCCACAAAAACGAACGAAAAAGAUCACUGGACACUGAGCUUUGACGAUGAACUGACCACGAACUCGACGACGAUGACCCGCAGGACUCUAUCCAAAUGUGUGUACAAAGGUUUCGCUUUCGAUUGCUUUGAAAGUUUUGUCCGCCUCUAGUCGACUGCGUCCGCCCGGCAGGGGCUGCUGGUCGGUCCCGCGAACUUUAUCCCCCCGAAUCACCGGACCGGGCGCAGCAGUCUGUCGGCACGGCUCGUACCCCUUUAAAAAAGGAUGCCUUCGGUCGGCCGUUCCUUGCGGUCACGCCCCGCACCGGUCCACGUCCGGCAUCGUUCGCGAACGGUGCGGGUAGUGGCCAUCGGGAUCGUGGUUCUCCGCUGGUGUCCUGGCCAAAUCGAAAACGUUGAAGCUUAAAGUGCAAGCGUUCUAUGCCGUCGCAGGCAUAGGCAUAGAAUCAGUAGUGAGCAUAAGACAAAUUGUUGAGUAUAGAAGUUGUGUUUAGGUAUUUUAAGGCCCCAGACCCCCCCGUAUCAUCUCGAUCCCGACUCAGAUCCCGAUCCCCCCGUCUCUUGUAAAUACGGAAUUCGCCCUGGUUAGCUUGGGCAACGGCAAAUUGACUGUACACACGGAAUCCAAAGAGUUGUACUGACAUCUCCGAAACGCCGAACUCAAAAUGUCUAGAAAAAAAUAAAAAACUUCAAUAUUUUUAGAUAUA